GUGAUAUUUUUGAAGAGCUCGUUUGAAAGGAGCUGAUAUGUUUGAACAGCUCUUUUGAAAUUUUAAAAAUUGAAAUUUUUUGAAAUUUUUUCAACGACUACUGCUGAAGCUUUCAUGCUGAAGCAAGAGCGUGCUCAAAGUCCAGGAGUCCAAGAGCAAAGUGUUCUUUUUUGGGAAUCACUUCCCAAAAAAUGAACAGAAGAGCAAGCUCUUGCUUCAGCGUAAAAGCUUUAGCAGUAGUCGUUGAAAAAAUUUCAAAAAAUUUCAAUUUUUAAAAUUUCAAAAGAGCUGUUCAAACAUAUCAGCUCCUUUCAAAGAGCUGUUCCAACAUAUCAGCUCCUUUCAAAAGAGCUGUUCGAACAUAUCAGCUCCUUUCAAAAGAGCUGUUCGAACAUAUCAGCUCCUUUCAAAAGAACUGUUCAGCAGUUCUUUCGCUCAAAUGAGCUGAACUUAUGAGCUGGAACUGUUACAGGUCUAUUUGUAACCACAGUGCAGUGUGGGGUGGAGUAGGUCGAUGAGAGUGAGCCGCUACCCAACGUUGAAUCAUACGCUACAGUCCACUCUCAUCCCCGCAAUUCGUCGAUUUAUGACUAUUCUGAAUAUGUGAGUUCAAACUGAUUCCAUACAAAUUCGCACAAUUUUUGACCUUUUCGAAUUUAAGAAAUUCAUAAAAGGUCACAUUUCAAACUUUUCAAUUGAAAAAACUAAAAGGUGUCUGUCAAUUCCUGAAUUGUUGAAUCUUUCUCGAAUUGGAAAAAGAUGCAUUCAAUUUAUGAGUUCGGGAAUUCUUGAAUUAAGAAAAAGCGUGAUUUUUAUUUCUGAAUACUUGAUGCUAAUGUUCGCGGAAUUCUUAAUUUGUGAAAUUCUAAAAACUGGAAAAAAACUUGAUGCUAAUUCUUGAAUUCUUUCUGCUAAUCUUGAAAAGUUUAUCAGUAUAGAGUUCUAUGAACUCGGCUGCCCCUUACGCAAGUUAUUAUGUCCUUGUUUUUAGAAUCUCAUUGUUCAACCAGUGCUUUAGCCGCUGUUGAUGACAGCUGUGUAUUAUUUCCACAAUGUGUACCUAAUUUUGAUGCUAGUAAAUUAGUUACAUGGACAAAAGAUGAUUAG